AUAAUGGAACUUGAGUCUCAGAAGGGCAGGAGAUGCAGCUAUGUCUUUGCUUAGAGCCUUCAAUCUCCCUUUCAACAAGGUCUCAACACCAAAUGGAAAAAAAAAAGGAAUGCAGUCUCUCAAUCAGACCUGAAACCCAACAUUUGGGAAAUAAAGCCUCCUGAUUUUAGUUAUAAACAGUAUACGUCUUUGAGAUUUCCAGAAAAAAACCCCAGAGACAUUAAGAAAGAAAGAAGAAAACCAAAUAAUACUUUCCCAGAAGCAACAGUUCACCUGCCCAGCAUCAGGAAUGAGCCUGCUGUGAAGUCCACAGCUCCUCUGUUUAUAACUACAUUUGCCUGGCUGGAUGCACUUAAAGAGAAGACAAUGUUUGUGAAGAAAGGAAAAUAUCCAAGCAGUGUUUACCUCAAUCCCAAGCCACAUGACUUUAGACAGAUAAAAAGUCAGAAAGAACAAGUUCAGGACUUGUAUGGAGGCCAGUUACUGAAAGACGAUAAACAGAAGAACGGUUCAGAAAGAUUUAUUACCUAUAUGCCUCGUGAAUGCCCCUGGCAUGCAAACCUAAUUUUACCCAAAGACCCAUGGCCCCUAAGAUUGGCUUCCUUCACGAGACACAGAAGGAAGCAUGAUGCCUACAGUGCAUUUAUGGAUCGUGUGGAAGAAAAGUUUAGCCAAGCACACAAGAACAGGAAGUUUGUUAUAAUUGCUUUAAGCUUUGAAGGAAAAGAACAGUCUCAUCCAUUCUAA